ACCAUAAGUUUUCUAUAUGUUAAUGAUAAUUAAAUAUACCAUAUACCGAACUUCCGCCCUUGUACGGCUCGCAGACUGGCCAGUCCCAGGCUAUCUCGGAGGAAAUCUACGACCACUUAGCCCGAGGCCAUCAACUGGAAGUACUGCGCGAACAGGACGGCCAAUUCGGUGGUAUCGGUGUUGACCGACUACCGCUAUCGGCCAUCGAUGACGUCGGCAACGGUGACGGCAAUCAGUUUCAAUUGGAAACGGAACAUACAGUCAUAUUUGUAGUGUCCACUACUGGCGAAGGCGAACCGCCCGAACAAGCGGUCAAAUUUUUUAGGCGAUACCGGCGACGGACUCACCCGCGCGGACUACUCGCCCACUUAUCCUAUACGGUGUUGGCGUUGGGCGACACAAACUACGAACGAUUUGCCAAUUUUGGCAAAGAUUUUGACAAACGUUUGCAUCAAUUGUCGGCCAAACGUUUUUACGACACGGGUUUCGUUGACGACGCCGUCGGUCUUGAACUGGGAGUCGAACCCUGGAUUGACAACCUAUUCGGUGCACUACUCAAACAUUUUAACGCCUACACCACUGUCUCGAUACCUACCGUCGAGGUCAAAGUCUUACCAGUGGUCGUGGAUCAAGUGUCUGGCAAUAUGUCUACCACUGAGAACUUACCGAUAAUGGUCACCGAAGACCCGAAUUUGUCACAACUAACCGAACUAACACUACCGUUGAUAUCGAGUAAAUCGUUGGCAUUUCAAGUCAAACUUUGGGAAACACUUCCCGAAGAAUUUGCCGAAAAAUAUCAGCCAAAAGAGUUUCCAUUUCCAUCGUUGCCAGUCAUGGACUCACAGAUAACUGAUUCAACAAUUGUUUCAAUGAGACAAUUGUCGGCCAGUAAUGAUGAUAAUGACAGUGAUGUAGUCACUGAUUACAAGACAAUACUUGAGGCAACCGUUAGAUUAGACGAUAAUAGCAGUGAUGUCAUCAUCACCUAUGAAGCGGGCGAUUCGUUCGGUUUUAUUAUUGGCAACUAUGAUGAAGAAGUGGAUCAACUAAUCGACUAUUGUUUUGAUCUUCAAUCCGACAAACGUGACUAUUAUUGCCAAAUACUAACCACCGAACUGUUUCCACAUUUACCAUCAAUUAGUAAAGUCAAGGAUCUCUUAAAAUACUAUUUAGAACUAAGAUCUGUACCAAAGAAGUCAUUUCUCAGACAUUUAGCCGAUUUCUGUAGUGAUUUGGCUCACAAAAGACGACUUCUUGAGCUGAGUAGUCGCGAAGGUUCCGAUGACUAUAACAAAUACAUACGAAAUAAUUUUGUCAACAUUUUGGAUAUUCUUCGUCUAUUCGACUCGUGUCGACCACCGUUAGCGGUAUUGUUGGCCAAUAUUGCUUGUCAUACACCACGCUAUUACAGUGUCUGCAAUGGACCGGAUCCUGAAAAUCGUAAUCAAUUCAAAAUAGCAUUUUCUGUAACCGAAUUCCAGCCAAGAAAUCAGCGUAAAGACAGUCAACUAUUUGGUGUAUUUACUGGACAGUUGUCGAGACUUUUUAAUCGGCGGCAAAAGUCAAGUACCGUUGAUAUCGAUGGCGGCGGUGGCGGCGAUAUUGCCGAUCAAUUGACAAAACUAUCGCUCGAAUCGGACCUGAGGUGUCUUAAAGUAUUUAAACGCAAGAAUCUAUACUUGAAAUUACCGGCAACAGUGUCGACACCGAUCAUAAUGAUUGGUUCGGGUACUGGUGUCGCACAGACAGUCGGAAUUGGAGGUCAUGUCCGGACCGAACGAGUUUUUCGAGUUUUAUAUGCGUCCGAAAAACAUCCGAAUGAGACCCGAUGUCCGUAGAGUUUGACGAUUUUUUUUUUAUAUGAAAUUAAGAGAAAAUCCCAAACAAAAAAAAAUCAAUUUUAGUCGACUUUACCGACGAUGAAGACUACGGAAAGUUUUUUGAAUCGAAUGUUUUUAAGUAUAUAUCAAUCAAUCUGAAGGGCAUUUGUCGACACAACAAAAAAAUUGAUUAUUUAACUGAUUUGUCAAUUGUUUUGAUCAAUUGUUUUGAUAUACCGAAAGAUGAGAUGAGAAACUUUAAUGCCGAUUACGGCCACACUAUUUGGUGGACGUAUUGAUCGACUAUUUUGCAGGACUAUUGUAUGGACGAGUUAUAAGCCAUUGUCCACCGCUUCCGGAGAUUAUGGACAAAGUUGUGGCCAAUGGGAAGUCGGAACCUUCCCAGUGAAUGGAUGGCCCCAAAGAGGCCGACAGUGUACUGACCAAAGCGGGCGACCAUUUAGAUAUGUCGUCGGCAUUCAAUUCGUCGGCCGCCGAAGAUUUUCCGCGAUUUGUUGGCCAUUUUUGACAUCCAAAUGGAUUUGAUAACAAAGUGGUCAACCGAUGGACAACAGCAACAACAACGGCGAUCAUAAUAUUGACGAUGAAGUGGCCGAUGAUAACGACAACAGAGGCGGCGGCGGCGGAAAUGAUGACCAGUCAAUGACUACCGGUAUCGGCGGCGGCGGCCGCCGCGAACUCAUUGGUCCAGUUGUACGCCCAACGAACCGAUGCGUUGGCCAUUCAUUAAGACCCCGUAUAGCCAACCAUUCGGUAGCAGUUAUAGCACAUCCCGGAAAAAAAAUAUAAAUCGUUUGCGCGAUUUGUUGGCCAUAUGUUUGACAUCCGAUCGGAUGACUCGUAUCACCCCUUCAUUUGAAUUAUAAAAUCCAUACCAACUGUUUGCUUAACUAAUACUAAUAUUAAUAAUUUUUGUUUAUUAUAUUAUUUGUUUGAUUUUUAUUUGAUUCAACUUUU